CCUGCCAGUCCCGAUCCGCCGGCCGCCGCUCCCCAUUUCAAAUUCCGACCCGCGGUGUCCUCCCUCCGGCCUCCUCCUCUUCGCAACUCGUCGCCGUCUUCCUCACCCCGCCCCUCUCCCGCGGCCGCCACCCUCGUGUGCGAUGGCGGCGCGUCAGGAGUGGAGCAUGUCUGACUUCGAGAUCGGCAAGUACAUCGGCGAGGGCAAGUUCGGCAAGGUCUACCUCGCCCGCGAGAAGCAGAGCGGGUACGUGGUGGCGCUCAAGGUGACGUACAAGGCGAAGCUGGAGAAGUACCGCUUCCACGCGCACCUACGCCGGGAGAUUGAGAUCCAGCAUGGACUCGACCACCCCAACGUACUCCGCCUCUUCGCCUGGUUCCAGGACGAAGAGCGCGUCGUCCUCGUCCUCGAAUACGCAGCCCGUGGUGAGCUAUACAAGGUCCUUCGCGCUGCUGGCCACUUCACGGAGCGCACCGCCGCCACCUACGUCGCAAGCCUUGCUGGUGCACUGGCAUACUGUCACAAGAAGCAGGUCAUUCAUAGGGACAUCAAACCAGAGAAUUUGCUACUUGAUAUUGAGGGCCGGCUUAAAAUUGCAGAUUUUGGAUGGGCAGCUCGGUCAAAUGCUAAACGACACACACUCUGUGGCACAAUUGAUUAUCUGGCACCAGAGAUGAUAGAGAAAAAAGCUCAUGACUAUGCCGUUGACAACUGGACUUUAGGAAUCCUGUGCUAUGAGUUCUUAUAUGGUUCACCUCCUUUUGAAGCUGAUGAACAGGAUGACACCUUGAGAAGGAUAGUUAGAGUGGAUUUGACAUUCCCUUCAAGUCCUUGUGUAUCUUCAGAAGCAAAGGAUCUCAUUUCCAAGCUUCUAGUGAAGGAUUCAAGCAAGAGGCUUUCUCUUGAAGACAUAAUGAAACAUCCAUGGAUAAAAAAGAAUGCGGAACCUUCAGGGAGUUGCAUUAAGCAAAAAGAUUUAGGAAGAGUUAAGCCUGUGCUCAUCUGAAAAUCGGCCCGUUUUGGCGAAGCACUUGUUUGCCAGUAUCACAUGUUCGUUACUGAUGUGAUGUGCCGAACUCGUCGCUUCUGGAGGUCAAAUAUGAUGACACUUUGGAUGUUUGUAGUUCUGAAAGUUCCGAAGUAGGUUUGUGCUGGAGCCUGGAGGAUUCUGUUGUCUGAUUGAUGUUGGAUGCAGCGCUUGUGUGUUUCAUCUUGUAAAUGAGAACAUUGAUGGUAGUGGAGAGGAAUGUGGUUUUGCCUGUGGGGACCUUAUUUAUCAUUGUUGCAGUAUUUUGAGUUAUGAUCCGUA